AUGACGAGGAAUACCCAUGGAACUAGGCAGAUUCCCAUCAGGGCCGCGACCGUCUUCGAACCGGGAGAGCCCAUCAUCGGCAUAAACCUGGGGACGACGUACUUGUGUGUCGGCGCUAUGAAAGUGGACAAGGCUGAAAUCCUCGUAAACGAUCAAGGAAACAGGAUAACGCCGAGUUAUGUCGCCUUCGCUAAGAACGGCGAGCACCUCAUUGACGCGGCCAAGAACCAAUACACGAGUAAUCCGAGAACUACCUUCUGUUAUGUCAAGCGCUUGAUAGGCCGGAGUUUCUCGGACGAAGGUGUGCAAGCAGACUUGAAGCAUACGCCAUUCAAGGUCGCCGCGGGCCAGGGCGGCAAGCCGGUGGACAAGCUUGACGUCGGCGGCGACACACGCCAGAAGGAGGCCAGCGGCGGACUCAACCCGGACGAAGCCGUGUUCGUUGGUGCUGCCAUUCAAGCCGGGAUUAUCGGGGGCGUGAAGGCCACCGAGCGGGUAUUGCUCAUGGAUGUGAACCCCCUUACGCUGGGGAUAGAGACGGCAGGAGGCGUCAUGAUUCCCACGGUUGUGUCGGUCACAGGUGUUCUCUACUUCGGCCUGAUGAGUGACCUCGCGGUGCUAAUCAAGGUCUACGAGGGCGAGCGGACGCUGAUCAAGGACAACAACCUCCUGGGCAAGUUCGAGCUUACGGGGAUACCGCCGGCGCCACGCGGAACGCCGCAGAUCGGGGCCUUGUUCUCCCUUGACGUCAACCGCAUCCUCCAGGUCUCGGCGCAGGACAAGGGCACGGGGCGCAGGGAUUCCAUCUCCACCGACAACGACGGCGGCCUCCUGGCAGAGGACGAGAUCGCGCGCAUGAUCGCUGAGGUGGAGAAGUUCGCGGACGAGGACAAGGGGGCCCGCGAGCGCGUCGAGGCGCGGAACGCUUUCGAGUACUGCGUCUCUAGUCUGAAGAACGAGCUGGAGGACGAGAAAGGGCUGGGUCGGAAGAUUGAAGGGGACGAGAAAGAGACGCCCCGGGAAGCCGUGAAAGAAGCGACCGCCUGA